UGGACUUGGGCUGCAUAUAAUCUCAUUAGCAAAAUGCCACAUCAACCGCCUCGGGACAACUCCAUAUAUAAGAAUGUAAUCUUAUUGCGCUGUACUUUUCUGUCGUAAAAAAAAAACACCUGUUUAUUCCGAGGACGGUGCGUUUUUAUUCCUGAACACCAUGCCACCUCACAUGAGCUGCACCACGCUGACAACAGCUACAUAAUGGCAUGUAGGAGCGGCUCCGGUCCAAUAAACGAGGAUAACGCAAGGUUCCUGCUGCUGGCAUUGUUCAUCAUCAUCUAUCUCCUCUGUGGGGCCGCAGUCUUCUCCGCGCUGGAGCAGCCAAAAGAGCGAGAGGCGAACGAGCGCUGGGAGCAGAGGUUCGAGCAUUUCAGCCAGAAGUACAACCUGAGUAAGAAAGACCUAAACAACUUCCUGAGGAACUACGAGGAGGCGAACGUGGCGGGGAUCCGCGUGGACACAAUCCGACCUCGAUGGGACUUCACCGGCGCGUUUUAUUUCGUGGGGACGGUGGUGUCAACAAUUGGGUUCGGUAUGACCACUCCUGCCACCAUUGGAGGAAAAGUCUUCUUGAUGUUCUACGGCCUGCUCGGCUGCGCUGCCACCAUCCUCUUCUUCAACCUCUUUCUGGAGCGUGUCAUCACAGUCAUCGCCGUGGUCCUCAAGUCCUGUCACGAACAUCGGCAUAAAAAAGCUGCGCUUGCAUCAAAUGGCCAGCGAGUGUCUGAGGGAAACAGAGCUGGUGGAAAUGGAGGAGAAAGAGGAGAGGAUCUGGCUGGCUGGAAGCCUUCGGUUUACUGCGUCAUGUUCAUUCUAGGCAUGGCGGCCAUUGUGGUGUCCUGCUCUGCCUCGCUCAUGUACUCUGCAGCCGAGGGUUGGGACUACCUGGACUCGCUCUACUUCUGCUUUGUGGCCUUUAGCACAAUUGGUUUUGGAGACAUGGUGAGCAGCCAGCGGGCGGUGUACGAGGGCCACGCCACAGUCGCGUAUAGGUUGGGCAACUUCUUCUUCAUCCUGACCGGCGUCUGCUGCAUCUACUCCCUCUUCAACGUCAUCUCCAUCGUCAUCAAGCAGGUCCUGAACUGGCUCCUGAGGAGGCUGGACGCACCCUGCCGCUGCUGUUUCCCCAGGAGGGGUCACCACCCACACCGGCACCCCCGACGGAACGUGGUGGCACCGGGCCACCUGCGCGCCCGCAGAGACCCCUCCAUCGAGACGGAUGCCCUCAACGAAAGUGAGACCGACAACGGGCGCAGGAUGUCUGGGGAGAUGAUCUCCAUGAGGGACUUUCUUGCAGCCAACAAGGUCAAUCUGGCUAUUAUGCAGAAGCAGCUUUCCGAGAUGGCCAUUGGGCACCCGCGCCAGUCCAGCUCCAAUUCACGUCAGAACGGAUUCUCAGGAGGGGUGGGAGCCCUCGGCAUCAUGAACAACCGUUUGGCAGAGACUAGCGUGGACAGAUAGGGCAGACAAUUAUUUUUAGGGGUAACAAAAGGCUGCAAGGAUAAGCCGAUAAGGACACAUUUCCACUCGGGAAAGCCUUGCUGGAAAAAAGAAAAUGAGACUUUGGGUGGUUUAAAGACUGAAUACAUGACUAAUUCAUCCAUUGACAGCACGCUGACUCCCAGCAGCAAUCAUCUCCGCCAACUUCCCUGUCAAGAACAUGGCUACACUAAUGAUGAAUUAGAGAAUUAGAGGGGCUGGAGUCUGUCUUCUGAACCACAAUGUUACCGCAUGAGGAAUUCAGUUGCCAUGGUGAUAUAAAAAGAGGCCUGCCUGGAGUACUUGUAUCUAAGCCUUAAAAUCCUAAUGCACUACACGCUUCUUCACCUUACAUAUCGUCAGUGUUGGGCAAGUUACUUUUAAAAAGUAACUAGUAAUAGUUAUAGUUACUGCUCGCAAAAAAGUAACUUACUUUAUUAGUUACUCAAUUAUAAAAGUAACUAGUAACACGUUACUUUACUUUACUUUAAAAAUAAUUACAAUAAAAAUACAAGUGUUUGUGUUGUUCUGUGGCACCGUAAGAGAAAAGACAACACCCCAUCAUUGUAGCAAUUAUCAUUAUGAAAUGUAGUGGAACAAUAAAACACAAAAGAUAUAUUUUGACAUUUUGACAGGCAUCUUUAUUGUAGCCUCAACAAUCAAGUUCUAAGUAGUGCACUUGUAGUGCAAUAUGAAAUAAAAACAACUACACUAUUUUGGCAGUGUAACAAUUAAAUAAGAACUACACUCUUUUGGCAGUAACUGACACUGACUGACACUGAAGACAAACAAACUAUUUUCAGCCUCACAAAAACAAACUAACAGUGAAAUAAUUUACCUCACAUCUGGCCAUAUAGCAUAAACAAAAUCAAUAAUGGUGGAUAAACUUAAGAAGAGGUGCUUUCAGCCUUAUAAGUAAUCUCCAAGUUGUAAAUGCGCUGCUGCUCUCGCUGAUACUUGCAUCUGCCAUUGUGUG